AUGCCGUGGGAAAAUAAAAAUGUCUAUUUCGUGGACCGGGCCGAAACGAACGAAAAAUUAAUCGAAUUAAUUUGUGAAGGUGAAUAUUUAUGCCUUAGCUAUUUAUCUGAAAGUGUUGAUAAAUUUUGGACGAUUGUUGCCAGAAGUAUCAGGAGGCAACUAGCUAAUAAAUAUAAGAUUGAACUCGGGGAUACUAAAUCUUUUAAAUCUUAUAAUAUUGUUAUGGAAACAUUUGACGACAUAAUGGAAGUAUUUUCGGACAAUGCAGAGAUUUGGAGUUAUUUUAAUGGGGGUAGAAAGAACAUAGUUCUUUUCUUUGACGAUAUAGAUAUUUUACUUUCAUCAAGACUCGACAAAACAUACUGGUCUUGUGAAGUUGAAGAAAUUAAUGGAGAAUAUUCAUCAUGGAUACUUUACAAAAUCUAUAAUUUGGGAACGGAAAUUUCUAAUUAUUCAACAUUUUCGAGAAUGAUCAAAUCUUUAAUGUCGGAUGAUGCUUGA